CAGGGGCACGAGUACACGGUGUACAUGUCAUACGUGCAGCUCUACAUGGAGCUCAUCCAGGACCUGCUUCGCUCCGAGAGCGAGAACCUGCAGAUCCGGGAGAAUGAGGGCGGCGUGUUUGUGUCGGGUGUGCACCAGCAGGAGGUGCAGAACAUCACGCAGUGCCUGCACCUGCUUCACCUGGGCGACCGCAACCGCCCCACCGCCUUCACCGCGCUCAACGCCCACUCCAGCCGCUCCCACGCUGUGAUCAUGCUGACCGUCAUCAAGCGGCGGUCGGUGUCGGGGACGGGGGAGGCCAAGAUCCAGCGCGUGGGCAAGCUGUUCCUGGUUGACCUGGCGGGCAGCGAGCGGCUGAAGAAGAGCAAGUCCACGGGGCUGCGUGCCAGCGAAGGCAAGUCCAUCAACCUCUCCCUCACCACGCUGGGCAUGUGCAUCAACGCGCGGGCCGACCCCGCAGCCACCCACGUCCCCUUCCGCGACUCCAAGCUCACCCGCCUGCUCCAGGAUUUUCUGGGUGGCAACGCCAAGACCAGCCUGCUGGUGGUGGCCUGCGAUGCGGCGGAGCAUGUCGACGAGACGCUGCAGAGCCUGCAGUUUGGGCUGCGCGCCAUGUGUGUGCGCACGCAGGUGAGAUUUUAG